AUGCUCUCUCGUUCCUAUCACGAGGACACUUAUCCCAAGCGCUCUCUGUCUCAAACCUCGACCACCACUAGCUCUUCCCGUAGCACUCAACGCUCGGACGAGAAGAAGCACCACUGCAAAUCCUCCAGCUUAUUGACUUCCAAAACGUUUCGAUCGGGAUCCUCCAACUCUCCGAUUUCAAUCGAUACUCCACAAAUUCAGGCUCGCCAGCGCGCCGUGACCGUUUCCCACGCUCGAGACAUUCCUCGGAGCGUCCCGCAGCAUUCCUACUUCGACCAGCCUCAGCAAUCCACGAGCCCAGUCGAAAUGUCGCCGACUCCUUCGUCCCCCUCGUCCCCCCGCUCUCUCAAGCAGGAGGACUUUCCCAUCAAGCGGGUCUCAGCCCCAACACGCAAGAACAGUGACGAUUACCGGCGUUACAGCGGCACUAUUAACCACUUUGGCCGUCAUUCAAAUGACUGGCUUUUUGGCGGCUUCAGUGUGCGGGACACCGUUCGCGACAGCUUUGAGAAGUUCCGUCACCAUGACAAGGGGAGCUGA